AUGACGACCAAGAAAGACGAUCCCAAAAGCAGCCCACGUCGCAAUCGGACGGACCUGCUUACGCCCGAGUUCACGCCUCACCCUCCCGUGCAGCCGCUCGGGUUGGACCUUCUGCACGGCCCGCCUCUCGCCGAGCACAUCGUGGUGAUCCUCGGUGUGGGCCCUGGAUUGGGGCUUGCCAUUGCUCAAGUAUUCGCAUCGCGCGGAUAUACGACGGCCAUCCUGUCGCGGUCGAAAGAUCGGCUCUCUAAAUGGGCUGAUGAGCUGCAUUCCACCGCGGCAGCGUUUCGCACCCAACACGGUAUCGAGGUCAAGUCGGGUGAGAGGCUCUCGGGUGCCUUUGCGUGCGAUGCGAUGGAUAACAGCGCCAUCACCUCUGCCAUUGACCAGGUGGCCCAAUUCUGGCCGGACAAAACCAUCGGUAGUGCAUGCUACAACGCCUCCGUCCGAAAACGCGGUCCCUUUCUGGAGCAGUCCCUGGAUCAGAUCCAGCAGGGUGUCCAGGGAUCCAUCCUAGCUGGGUUUACCUUCGCCCAAUCCGUCCUGCCCCACCUGACGCGCGUGGGGGGCAAUCUCCUCGUCACGGGCGCCACCUCCUCCACCCGCGGCAGGGAAGGCUUUGCCGGCUUCGCAGCGUCCAAAUCCGGCCUGAGGGCUAUGUGUCAGUCCAUAGCGCGUGAGUUCGGCCCCCAAAAUGUCCAUGUCACACAUGUCAUCGUCGAUGGAUUGAUCGAGAGUGAAACGGCGCUCGAGUUUUUGGGAAUGCCCAAGGGGAGUCGGUUCAAGGACGGCACCGUGUUGGUGCCCGCACAGAUGGCCAAGAGCUGGUUGUUUUUGGCUCAACAGCAUCGGUCUGGGUGGACGUUCGAGAUGGAUUUGCGACCCGCUAGGGAGCAUUGGUAG